AACAUGUGCUUAUAAAUACAAACACUUAGAGGGCACUUAACAUCCCGUUUAUAACAUCAUAACGUUUAGUAAAUUACGCUGACGUUAUGGCGGAUACUAUUACGUGUGCAGUUCUUAUUGUUUUCCUUGUGUACGGUUCGAAUUGUGGAAGUAUUGACAGGAGAGAGGUACCAUCUUUUUCAAACGGGCAAAUUGUUGGAACAGUCGGUUCGCAUCAUAUUGUUGAGGCAUCCGGUUUAGCUGCUAGUCGAAAAAACCCAGGUUUACUGUAUACUCAUAACGACCACGGUUAUGACGCGGAAAUCUUCGUCAUCACCACGACCGGACACCGACAAUCCACUAUCACAUUGGCGGGAAUCACUCACAACGACUUAGAAGAUAUUGCUCUAGGCCCAUGCGCUGCCGGAAGCGCUGAUGAUUGUUUAUACAUUGGCGACAUUGGUAACGCUGGUGGCCAUGCAAGAAACAACGUGUAUCGAAUCCGAGAGCCGAGCGACCUCCGACAUGACACAACCAUCCACGUCUCAGAUGGUGACAAACUAGAGUUUAAAUGGAACGAAACAGACUGUGAGACGUUAAUGGUGGACCCAAAUGCAAACCUGUACAUCAUAUCAAAGGCACCUAAUGGACGGGGUAUCAUUGCACAGCUGCCUACUUCAGCCUGGGGAACGGGUACCAGAGUGGCGAUUUCUUCGACCGCGUACCUGAACAUUGACUCCACCCAUAAUGACCCCGUGGGAGGGGAUAUUUCACCCUCAGGGAAUAGGGUUCUCUUACAGGCUCAGGAGAGCGUGUACUAUUGGGACAUCAAGGCCGAACACGACUAUCUUAGCGUACUGCAGACCCCGGGUGUCAAGCUACCUUACAUUCGAGAGCCCAAGGCUCAGAGUAUCUGCUGGAGCGCUGAUGAACAUGGCUAUUACACCCUUGGGGAAGGACAGGACCAGCCACUGUAUCUAUACACAAUGACAGAGUCGCCUAUUGUGGGAUAAACCUCGCAUCUCUUUUUCCAUGAGUCAACGGCACAACAUCGCCACCAAUAACAUUAUAAAAGCACUAUUGUAGAUUCGCAUCAAUAUUAUGACUUCAUUAUUAUUAUUAUUAUUAUUAUAUAGGGAUGGCAACGGUUAUUCGGUUAAUCAGUAAUCAGUUUCUUUAGACGGUUAACCGCUUACAAUAUUAAUAUUCGGUUACUCUUAUCUUGCAGAAAACACAACAAUUGGUUGAAAGCAAUAAAUGCUCAAAUCGUUA